AUCACAACCCCGUGUAUGGAAUGCUUCGCAGUAUCUUCAUCUGGUGAGGCUUUAGUGCGCAGCUGGUCGUGAGUUUUCCAGUUCUCAGCAUCAGUUCUCAGAUCAUUCAAGCUGAAGGAGUUCGGAGGCGGAAAGACGAGUGCAGGACGUUUGUGGAAGUGAUCAGGUGCGGGAAGUGGGGGUCGAGGGAAAGAGGCAAUCAGGUGAUCGGAUCGUUGCUGUGCAGUGAAGAGCAGUGCCGAGUAGAUCGUCACGAUGGGGGCCAAAAUGUCGGGAAUGGCCGUCACGGAGGAGUGCAAAGAGAAGUUCAUGGAGCUGAAGAAGAAAAAGACGUACCGGUACAUUAUAUUUAAGAUCGACGAGAAAGUGCAGCAGAUUGUGGUGGACAAGGCCGGAGCCCCGACAGAGGACUACGAUGCAUUCGCUGCUUGCCUUCCGGAGAGCGAUUGCAGGUACGGAGUGUUCGACUUCGACUUCACCACGCCUGACAACUGUCGUAAGAGCAAGAUUUUCUUCAUCGCUUGGUCGCCCGAUACCUCUCGAGUCAAAUCCAAGAUGAUGUACUCGAGCUCCAAGGACAAGUUCAAAAGGGAGCUCGACGGCGUCCACUACGAGCUCCAAGCCACGGAUCCCACAGAAAUGGACCUCGAUGUCAUCAAGGGUCGUGCCAGCUGAAACACUCGCAGAUCAGACCAAUCUUUCUGGUUGCAGCAGCAGAGCUUGAUCCCUGACCCUUGACCCUUCAUCCCUUUCUUUUCUUCACCCAUCUUUCAGCGAGGCAUUACAGCAGCAUAUCCUAAGACUGAGCUUCCGAGCCUGACAGACAUGGCAACUGGGCAGAUCGAUGCAAUGGCCGUUGCCAGAUGUAAGAUUAAGAGUGAGUAUGGCAAUACUGUAAACGACGCUCGUGCCUUGAGAGCCAAGGAUCGCGGUCUGCGUGCCUUGGAAAUCGGGCGAGGGAUGCUGAUGGUGAAUUUCUGUACAGUUCAGAUAAAGCUCGUCCAGAUUUCCGGGUCAACUUGAGAUCGAUCGACCGACCGAGCAGGCGUACAGACAGACAGAAAGACAGACUCCGUUGAUCUAUCUCAGACACAGGCCGACGAAGCGAGAUUUUUGAAUCUUUCAAGAUCGUAGUCAGGGCCAACCGACUACAUACAUAAUCAUAAUGACAGAGAGAGAGAGAGCGAGACAGAUGAGUGAUUACAGUUCCAGUUAACUAGAUGCUCCUUUGGCCAGUUAUUGUACGCCCUUUAUCCCUCGGCCCUAUUCUUUUCUUGGGGGCCGGGGACAGUUUAUGACAUUGAUUGAUAACUUGGUUGAUUCUGU